CAACUUCACUAGAAAAAGAUGGCUGCGCCCAUGAAUUUGGAAAGUUGUGUUCAAAAUUAUAUUGAAAAUACAGUUACAGACCAAAAGACAACGAUUAGCUCAGUCACGAAAGAUAUUGUCAAUAAUGAAGUAAAGUUAGUUACCUUUAUAGAGAACCUUCAGAAAUAUUUAACGAGUACAGAUGUUAGUAUUAGAUCAAGAUGUGUCAGACUGAUAGCUGAAGUUUUACAUCAGUUGCCAAAUAGUCAUCUAAAUGAAGAUGAAGUUGAAUUACUGGUAACCUAUAUGUGUGAAAGGUUGAUGGAUCACCAUUCUGUUCAGCCACCUGCUCUAUAUGCCUUGUUAGCUCUGAGUGGAUGUAAGAAUUUUCCAGAUGGUCUAGCCAGCAAGAUUUGUAGAAUUAUCUUCCAGAAUGUACAGAAUCAAUCCUUAUCUCAGUCAGACAGAUGUAGUGUUUAUACAUUGAUAGCAAGAUUUCUUGAUACAAGAAUGGAAGAACUGAAAAAGAUGGAAGCGGACUUUGUGUUAGGAUUUAUACAAGUAAUGGACACAGAAAAAGAUCCAAGAAAUUUAAUGACCUGUUUUCAGUGCGCAAGAACUAUUAUUCUUAAUUUCUCAUUAGGUGUAUUUGUGGAGGAAAUGUUUGAAGUUACAUCCUGUUACUUUCCAAUUGAUUUUACACCACCACCAAAUGAUAACUAUAAGAUAACUAGAGAUGACCUUAUCAAAGGUUUACGUGGAUGUCUUAGUGCUACAGAAAAGUUUGCUGGAUAUACCUACCCUUUACUGUUAGAGAAACUAACAUCUGAUGUACAGAGUGCUAAGUUAGAUAGCUUACAGACUUUGAUUGAAUGUGUUGAGUUGUAUGGAAUAAAACCACUAAAAGAGUUUCAAUCAUCUUUAUAUAACUGUAUCAAAAGUGAGAUGUUUAGCUCAGGUAACCAAGCAAUAGAACAGGCAGCAUUAGAGGCCCUCCGUGGGAUUGUCCUGACACUUUCUAAGAGCCUUUUGGCAGGUCCAGAUGGUCCAGUUUAUAAUUAUAUCUCUGAAAUUUUACAAGAUUGCAAAAGAUAUAUGACAGGAGAGGACAACAGAUUACUGGUACCAGUUUGUCGUCUGCUGGUAUCCUGUGGGGAGGGAUCAGAUUCAGCCUGUUGUCAAGUCUUACAAGAUGUUAUACCUAAUCUGAUUGGUCUCUAUAAUAAAUCAUCUGUUAAUUCACAGAGAAAGCUAGUGCUAGAAAUGAUCAGUCGAUUUGUUAGAGUUGUCGGCGGCUACAGUCAAGGGCAGUGUCACAAAGUCUUUCUGACCUACAUACCUGAGUUAUCAACCAUAAUAAAGUCAGCAUUAAUAGAUUCAAGUUCUCAUUUGAGAAUGACUGGGAUCUCAGGUGUUAAAGAGAUGUUAAAAGUUAGCGGAGAAGAUACACAGGUGUAUACAGAGUUAAUUCUAGAUAAAACUUUUAAUGAUGAAGACAAGGAUGUUAGGAAAUCAUGUUUGGAGCCUUUAAAAACCAUUGCAGAAAUGCAUACAGUCGUCUUAGAGUCUACAGUCAUUCCCAAAGUACUGGAAAGGUUAAAAGAUGGACUAAACAAUGUAUUAAAAGGUUCAGAAGACAUGGAUAAUGAAAUUAAUGCUGUAUUAUCAACAGUAACAAUCAGUUAUAAUUCCCUGGUUAUGGUAUCAAAAGAAUUGUUACAAGUUUUAUCAGGAACGUCAACAACAGGAAUGGAGAAUGAAAAAACAGAACAAAGAACAAAUAAUCUAGUCAGCUGUUUACUCACAGUUAUUCAGAAAAACUUAGAUGACAAAAAGUCAUUGGAAUAUUUGUAUAGCAAUGUUGCAUUGAACAUUUAUAAAACUGUGAUACAGAAUAGUUUAUGUUCUACAUCAGUGCUACAUUCACCACGAAUUAUUAACAGUUUCUCUCGUUGUGUACAGUGUAUUGCAAUUAGAUGUGAUAAUAGUCAACUGCAAGCUCUUUAUUCCUUAGUCACAAAGAUAUUUUUACACGGAAGUACAAGUGCUAUAGAUAUAACAGAUGGAACAUUUAAUCCUCUUGAUGUUUCAUCACCAUGGCAGCAAACACAAGUGGUAUCUAUGGUAACACCAGUAAUUUGUACAUGUAAUGAAAAGCUUAUAGAUGAAGAUGAAUAUGUUCAGAAGUUGUUACAUCUGUCUAGAAUGUCACCCCACAGAACUACACAAACAGAAGCAUGUAAAUGUUUGGCUGGAAUAGUAAACAAACAUCCUGAUAUUCUACAAAACAUAGAUUUAUCAGACAUAGAGAAAACAGUGCAAAAUAAAACCUCUGAAAGCAGACGGUCAGCUUUACAGAUGAUUAUAUGGUUUACUAAAGCUUUAGUGAUGAGAGGUCAUCAGAGGUCACAAACAAUGAUUCUAUUUCUGAUGUCUUUGUUAAGUGACCAAGAUAUUGGACGAGAGGUUGCAGAUGGUUUCAACACAAUUUUAACAGAUAGUGAUGAUGUAUUAAACAGACAAAUGAAAGCUGUGACACGUAUGAUGUAUAAACAGAGACUGUUUGUAGAAAACGUUUCACAUCUUGUCAAGUCAUUUGAUACCACUGGUCAAGAUACAAGAAAGAAUUAUCUCAGGGUGCUGUCAGUCAUGUUAAAAACCUUACCUAAACAAGUGUUGCUAAAUGAAUUGCCACCAUUAUUUCCAUUGAUGGUUCAUUCCUUAUUGAGUGAUGACCUUGAACUACAGACAUCUACUAUGGAUACACUGUAUGACCUUACCCAUGAUGCACCAGAAGUUGUUGCCAAGCAUAUAGAUUCAUUGAUUCCUCAGCUUCUCAAGCUAGCAAAAGCACAGACUUCUAUGAAAUUGCGACAAAGUGCCUUGCAGUGUAUAGGUGUGUUAACAGUACUACCUACACACACAGUGUUACCAUACAAACUACACGUUAUUAAGGGAUUAGAGAAAGCGUUAGACGACAAGAAAAGAUUGGUUAGAAAGGAAGCAGUGACUGCAAGAAAUGAAUGGUUCCUCCUUGGUACUUCAAAGUAAAUGGUAAAUGAAACCGAGAAGACUGAAUUUCAAGGAAGAUAUUGAAUCAUCACAAUAAAUUAUAUUAUCCUGUU